CUCAGCGCGCCACAUAAACAAAGGCACAUUGCAAUUUCAGCCCAGCGCAUCCUCCUCUCCGUUAGUAACGCCGACACUUUAAAAGUGGAGCUGACAGAACCACGGAGUACUUUUUUCUUCUUAGCUAAGAGGAAAAUCAACCAAAUAAUAUUUUUAAAUGAAAAAUCAUCAACUUUUGCGACUCUAAAUUCAACUUCAAUUCAACCACUAUUUUCAGUUUUUGCCUAAUUCUGUUGGAUAUGCACAAGGAAUUAUUAAGGCUUUAAAAACACAUGUAAAGACGGAACCUCAACAGAAAGCAAACUCCGGUUCGGAAGAGCGCCUGCAGCCCAGGUCUGAGUCCCGGCUACCAGAUACCUCUCCCGCCGCGUGUGCUGAAGCAGCCCCGAACCCCCGACGCGUGCAGCCUCCACCCGUGAAACUGACCACGAUUCAGCGAGCAAAAGGCCAACCAGAUCUAUGGCACUCUGACAAUGAACAAGCGAUCACAGUUAUUGGAACAGCUGCAUUUUGUCCAUCUAAAAUGCACACCUCGAGACAUGCCCUGUGUUCAGGCCCAGUACGGCCCUGCACCUCAUGGGUCCAGCUACUCCGCCCAGUCCUUUGGUUACCAUGGUGACUACACCGCUGACCUCAUGGCAACAGACUACACGAAGUGUGAACUUGGUGGGGGGGAGAUCUCCGCGGCAGCCGCCACCACUUCCCUGCCCAGUUUUAAUGUGUUUGUGGAAGGAGGCUUUGAGCCCAAACCUUCCUGUCUUUAUCAAAUGUCUCAUCAAUGCACCAUAAUCAAGAAGGAGGAGGAGUCUUACCCUCCCAUGGCACCAUCUGAUGAGGCAAUAGCUGGAAGCUCCAUGUACUUUAAGCAGUCACCUCCAUCAACGCCCCCCACGCCACUUCACCCAGGCACACACAGCAGCUCUUUCUUGUGGGAUGAACACAGUCUUCCCCCUGUGCCCCAGACCUGCCUGAUUGAAGGCCCACUGAAGAGUCCCCGCUUCCCUCAUUUCUAUGAGCAGACGGGCCCACCCUCCACCAGCAGCUACGACACUGCCAUAGGCCUUCCACUGCGCCCCGAACGCUCUCCUUCAACCUCGUCUUCAUCUUCACAUGUGCCGCCUAGCCUGGAUACACAUACGCAUACUCACUCACACUCACACGCACACUCUCAAACACACUCACACAUGUACCCCCUGAACAUGGGUAAGCCCAGUGGCCUGGCGUUCCGCUCUCUGGGCAUGGGCCCAUGCCCGCCACUGCUGGGAGAGAGUUUGCCAUCGCCACCCAGUCGCACCAGCUCUGGAGAGGGUACCUGUGCAGUGUGCGGAGACAACGCGGCUUGCCAGCAUUACGGUGUACGUACCUGUGAGGGCUGCAAAGGCUUCUUUAAGAGGACAGUGCAGAAGAAUGCAAAGUAUGUGUGUUUGGCCAGUAAAAACUGCCCUGUGGACAAAAGGAGACGAAAUCGCUGCCAGUACUGCCGCUUCCAGAAGUGUCUCAAUGUAGGCAUGGUGAAAGAAGUGGUACGCACAGACAACCUAAAGGGGAGGAGAGGUCGCCUGCCGUCCAAACCAAAGAGUCCACUGCAGUCUGAGCCCUCACCCCCAUCACCCCCUCUUACCCUGCUCAAUGCACUAGUGCGGGCCUACUCCCAGUCUACACCACGAGAACUAGACUACAGUCAGUUCAGUUCAGUGGAGCCAGAGGGUCUGUCUGAAUCACAGCAGAUCCAGAUGUUCUAUAGAGUGCUAACUGGCUCCAUGGAGGUGACACGCUGCUGGGCUGAACGCUUGCCUGGAUUCUCUGAGCUUCACCAUGAUGACCAGAACCUGCUCAUUGACUCUGCCUUCCUUGAGCUGUUUGUGCUUCGCCUUGCAAACAGGUCAUUGCUGGCAGAAGAGAAGUUUGUGUUUUGUACAGGCCUGGUCCUGCACCGGCUUCAGUGUCUGCGUGGAUUUGGAGAGUGGCUGGACUCCAUCCGUGACUUUAGCGCUCACCUGCAGGGUCUCAACCUAGACCUGCAUGCUUUCUCCUGCUUAUGUGCCCUGGUUCUGCUCACAGAACAAUGUCCUGGUCUGAAGGAGCCCAAGAAAGUGGAGGAACUGCAGUCCAAACUCGUCUGCUGCCUGCGAGACCAUCUGAGCUCAGUUGGUGCUGGAGUUGUGGCUUCAGCUGGAAAGGCUCCACCCCCUGUCGGAGCUGUGCUUGGCUUGAGGGCGGAGCUUCGAUCUCAGCGGACGCAAGGCUUGCAGAGGAUCUUCUACCAUAAGCUUGAGGACCUGGUCCCACCCCCACCACUCAUCGAUAGGUUUCUGGACACCUUGCCCUAUUGAUGACCUCGCCUGCUAUUGCACACCACUAACACGCCCACAAGCUCACUAAGACACGCCCACAGCGGCUAUAAACUCACCCUUUGAGGGACAGAGCUAGUAUCUAAGUGACACUGAACUCAAUAUCCCAUGAGUCCCCCAAAUCCUCACAGGAAACAAUGUGUCUGAGGAGGAAGAAAGCAAACUGAUCAUAUAAGCGCUUUUAAUCUCUGCUCUGCGCCUGAUAGUGUAGAUACGAGAUGGGGUUUGAGCGUGUUUGUAUGACUGGCGUGUAACAUGCAUUGGGAAAGAGAGCAUGGCUGUGACCAAUGCCUAUAGCUCAGUGUAUCAUGUUAGAAGUAUUAUUGGUGCGAGAAUGUGUUUGUGUUUGUGUAAGCAGACCUGACGGCUCCUUUGCAGGCGGUCCAAAAGUUCCACCAUAAUUGACUUUAACCGUUGUUUAUCACUAACAUACACACACAGACACACAAGUGCACACAUACUGUCCUUUCACACAUACACACGGAUCCAAAAAGCCAGCUUCAGAUGCCAGAUUAUGACAUAUAAACUGUUAUUGGCAGAAACGAAGUGGAUGUGUGUGUGAAAACACGUAGGAGUGUCUCUGAGGGAGGCUUUCGGCACACACAGACAGAACGACAGAGUGCAUUAAUGUCCAGAAUCACAGUUGAUCACACCCCAGAAACCUGCAAACAAGUGCAAUUUACUAAGUGCUAUUGUAAAUGAAGAGAGAAAGAGAGUGUGUGUGUGUGUGUGUGCGCGCGCGCGCACGCACUCCAGUCCUAUUUCAAACUCUAAAUUAUUUUAAUACUAAGACUCGCCUUAUAAGGUAAAGGUUUUAAAUUUAGAUGAUUUUAGCCCAGUCUACGCAUUAACUUUUUAAUGACGAAGUUUCACAGGCUUGAAAUUACUAUUUUUUUUAUUAUUAUUAUUAUUAUUAAAAACCAAGGAGUUUAGGGGUAGGAUAACGGACUUAAAUUAUUAGAAGUAGAAUUCAGGCUUCGAGCACUUAAAUUACAGAAAGAGAAGGAUAAGAGAAGGCAGAAGAGUGAUACAGGUGCAGAGGGAGACGACAGGAUGGAUGGAAUGAAACAUUCCGCGUUCAUGCUCAUUUUUGUAUGUUUAUAUAGUCUAGACCAUUUUAUCAAUGGUGGACAUUGCUGCAAAAAUUUAUUUUAUAUGUACAAAACUAAAAAAGGAUUAUAUGCAUGGUUUUCUCCUUCUCUCCUCUGCUUGUAUUUAUUUAGCAAAGACUGCCAGCUCCUCAAGGGCUUGAACACACAUACUGACUGGGCGUUCUCGCUUACUUUAACAUACGGCAGCAGUUUCAACAGAUGAGAAAGUACAAAUCAUAUAUAUAUAUAUAUAUAUAUAUAUAUAUAUAUAUAUAUAUAUAUAUAUAUAUAUAUAUAUAUAUAUAUAUAUAUAUAUAUAUAUACACACACACACACACACACACACACACACACAAUACAAAACUUAUAUUUUGAGGUGUUUUUAUUUGAUAGCUUUUUCAAAUCUUGUGGUACAAGUUGUGCAUUGUUUUUUUUUUUUUUUGUUUUGUUUUUUUUUUUUGGAGAAGAAACAUGAAAAAAAGAAAAAAAAACAUGUUUUUCAAUGUCUCUCUUGGUUUGUUUAGUUUUUUCUCUCUCUCUUUGGUUCACUGGAGGCUCUGUUCAGCACUUUGAAAUCAUAAAAAAAAAAAAGAAAUUCUGA